AUCGACCCAGCGACUCCAGCCAACCCGGAACUUUUAGCUCCACUAAGCCCUCCUGAAAAGUUGCUGUGAGGAGUUUUGUCCUGACUUUCUGAGCCGUUCAGAUGUUCCUCUAGGAGAAGGUUUCUCCUAGUUCCUGCUGAAGGACUGAGGCGUUCAGCAGCAGAUGUUUGUUCCUGCAGGACAGCAGCCAGACUCGUCUUUUCAUACCAGCUACAGGUGGAGUCCAGAGGUGCCAACAUGCCUCAGCAGAAGGACAUCGUGAAGAUCGCCAUCCAGAUGCCUGGGGCCUACCCCCAGCUCAUACAACUGGAUCAGAAAAAGCCUCUGUCUGCUGUGAUAAAGGAGGUGUGUGAUGGGUGGAAUCUGCCGGGACCGGAGAACUACGCUCUGCAGUAUACAGAUGGAGUGCAGAUGUACAUCACUGAAUCGAAUCGUCUGGACAUUAAGAACGGCUGCAUCCUGCGUCUGACCAAAGCACCGGGUCGCUGUGCUGAGGAUCUGUAUAAAGGAAUCCAGAGCUCUGACGCCGGCGUUCGCUGCGACUCGCUGAAGGAACUGGCUGGCGUUUCUACAGACAUGACCUUCGCUCAGGAGUUUAUCAGCCGAAACGGACACCUCCUGUUGGUCAAAAUAGUGGAGGACUCUACUGAGAGUAAUGUGAUCAUGACCCACACCCUGAAGGCUUUUAUGGAGCUCAUGUAUCAUGGGAUAGUUUCAUGGGAGAACCUCUCUACUGUCUUCAUCAAGAAGAUCGCCAGCUUUGUCAACGCCAAGCCGACUGAUGCGUCGAUACAGAUGGUGUCCCUGGACAUCCUGGAGAACAUGGUGCUGAGCAGUCAGAGCCUCUUCCUGCAGGUUAAACAUGAGAUCACCAUGGAGAGGCUCAUCGCUCACCUCCAGGUGACCAAUCAGCAGAUCCAGACCAAAGCCAUGGCUCUCCUGAUGGCCCUCCUACAAACAGCUGGAGACUCAGAUAAGCAGGACAUGUUUGCGUUCCUGAAUAAGAAAAAUCUCCGUCAGUACAUUUAUAAGAACAUCAUCCACAGCUCUGGUUCAGUCCAAGAUGAGAUGGCCCACCACCUCUACGUCCUGCAGUCGGUCACCCUAAACCACCAGGAGCUGCGCAUGAGGACACCUCUGGACUGCUACAGCCAGGAACAGAGAGACAUCCUCCACGGUUUACGUCAGGCAGCGUUUGAGACAGAAAGUGAGAACAGCCUGAGCAAUGAGAGGCGACGUUCUCUCUGCGCCAAAGAGUUCAAGAAACUGGGUUUCUCAAACAACAGUAAUCCUGGUCAGGACCUGGUCCGAACGCCUCCUGGUCUGUUAGCGUUGGACACCAUGUUUUAUUUUGCUACCCGUUAUCCAGACGCCUACAGCAGGUUUGUCCUGGAGAACAGCAGCAGAGAAGACAAACAUGAAUGUCCUUUUGCCCGGAGCAGCAUCCAGCUGACGCUCAUCCUCUGUGAAAUCCUUCGAAUCGGAGAACCACCCUCGGAGACGGGAUCCGACUACCACCCCAUCUUCUUUAGUCAGGACCGUCUGAUGGAGGAGCUUUUCUGUAUCUGUAUUCAGCUGCUCAACAAGACCUGGAAGGAGAUGAGAGCCACUCAGGAGGACUUUGAUAAGGUGAUGCAGGUGGUCAGGGAGCAGAUCACCAGAACCCUGUCCAGUAAACCCACCUCCCUGGAGCUCUUCAAGAACAAAGUCAACGCUCUGAACUACAGUGAGAUCCUCAAACUACGGCAGACAGAGCGGCUGCACCAGGAGGAGACUCUGGCUCCCCCUGUACUGGAGCUCAAAGAGCGCCUGAAGCCGGAGCUGCUGGAGUUGAUCCGCCAGCAGAGACUCAACAGACUGUGUCAGGGAACCAUGUUCAGAAAGAUCAGCAGCCGACGGCGACAGGAUAAACUGUGGUACUGUCGCCUGUCUCCCAACCACAAAAUGCUUCACUAUGGCGACGUGGAGGAAGAUACCGACAAUCCACCGAUAGAAACACUGCAGGAGAAGAUUCCAGUAGCAGAUAUCAAAGCCCUGCUGACGGGGAAAGACUGUCCUCACAUGAAGGAGAACAAAGGCAAACAGAACAAGGAGGUGCUGGAUCUGGCGUUUAGCAUCACGUAUGACGUAGAGGAGUACAGCCUCAACUUCAUCGCUCCGUCUAGAACUGACUUCUGCCUGUGGACAGAUGGACUGAGCGUCCUCCUGGGUCGGGACAUGAGCAGCGAGACGAUGCGCAGCGAGCUGGAGAUCCUCCUGUCCAUGGAGAUCAAACUCCGCCUCCUGGACCUGGAGAACGUUCCCAUCCCAGACAGCGCUCCCAGCGUUCCCAAACCUCCCAGCAACUACAACUUCUGCUACGACUUCAGCCAGACGGAGCAGUAGAGCGUGGAUGUGUAAAUACGUGUGUGUGUGUGUGUGUGUGUGUGUGUGUGUGUGUGUGUGUGUGUGUGUGUGUGUGUGUGUGUGUGUGUGUGUGUGUGUGUGUGUGUGUGUGUGUGUGUGUGUGUGUGUGUACUUGUUUCUGCUAUAUCGGUGGGGACUUUGACCUGACUAUUGCUGUCUCGGUGGGUACCAAAAAUGAGGUUCCAUGAGGGGAAACAGUGUUUUCUUGGUCAUGUUGUUGUUACUGAAAAAAGUAAAAGUGCAAAAAAGUUUCUUUAGGGUUAGCCAUUGUUUUGGUGUUGGUUAAGGUUAAUGUUAGGGUCAGAGUUAGGGGUUAGGUAUGAAUGGGAAUCAAUGGUAAGUCCCCACGGGAAUAGCAGAACCAGACGUGUGUGUGUGUGUGUGGUGAGAUCCCUGCAUGUCUUUUCUGUAACGCUGACAUCAGAUGUUUCUUCUGGUUUUUCUACAUCCAAGUGAAACUUAAAAUCCAGGAGUGGUUGUAGCAGCUGCAUCUGUUCAUGUUCAGCUGAAUGGAAACUCCAGAAGAAGUGGUACUUUCCUUCUACAACCACUCCAGUACUGGUACUUUAAAUGUCUUUAGUAAUCAUUUUAUAUUCUCCAUUUAUCUAAUACUAUGUAAAACACAGGGAUUGUUCCUGUGGAUGUUUAAAUUCUAACGGGCAUUAACUAGAACCCUGCUGGUUCCUUCCAGUAGAGGUGAGGAGUGUUUCUGCUUCAUGAACCUAAUAAGAACUCAUUAUUGGAUGGAUUUUAGCCACUUGCCCACAUGCUUUAGGUACCCAUCUAAUAACUGUAUUUUCACCACAAUCAACAGAUUAAUCAUUUGAAAAUGUGAAAAACAAAAUCCUGUAAAUGUCUGCAGUACUGUCGGCCGUCUGUGGCGGAUUAAAUCCUGUCGUGUGUUUUUUAAUGGUACUAAUGAGCUGAAGGUCCUCAUCAACUGACAGACAGAAAAUAGUGUUUGGGUGAUUUCAGUGAUUGUUUUCUGCAGUGCAUUCCUGAUAAAUUCACUCUGAAUCAUGUGCUUUGAGUGACUUCACACGAAUAAACAGAUUUAU